AAAAAAGUUAACAUCCACCAUUUUAGUAAUCCUAGUGCCCUCUAUAUGUACCUUCGUUCAUUUCAUGAUGUUUUUCUCAAGGCAACCCUUAAAAAACCUCAAUACAUAUACUCAUAUACCACAUUUUCCAACAAGAAAAAGAAAAUGGAAGCAUUGAGGAGAUUGGCUUCGGAAAAGCCGGUGGUGAUUUUCAGUAAGAGCAAUUGUUGCAUUUCUCAUUCUAUCCAGAUGUUGAUUUCCAGCUUCGGCGCAAAUCCGAUGGUUUUCAAUCUUGAUGAGCAUCCACAAGGGAGGCAAGUUGAGAAUGCCUUGCUUGCAUUAGGAUGUAGUCCAACUGUACCCGCAAUCUUCAUCGGAAAACUGUUUGUUGGUGGCGCCAAUGAGGUUAUGAGCCUUAACGUUCAAGGGAAGUUGAAGCCAUUACUCAUCAACUCUAAGGCAAUUUGGAUGUGAUCAUAUUACAUUUCUUCAUAUGAUCCAAAAUUAAACCAAAUUUAGUGGGGAUGUUUUUGUUUGUUUUUCUUUCCUUCUUUUUGUGGAUGCCACUUUGAUCAAGUGGUGACAUGAGGAUAGAUUCAAUAGUUUGAGACCUUUAUAUAUAUAUAUAUAUAUAUAUAUUUUUGGGGUUAGUCUCCAUGCAAUUUAUUUUCAGUGGAGAAGUUUUGCAAGUUUUAUUUUGCCAGUUUUGACUUGUAAUCAACUAAAAUCUCGAAUGAUUAAUUAGUCUUCUUUUGAGUAAAUCAUGCUUACGGUC